ACUUCCUCGCGCCUCCGGUGUUCGUCGGGAUUUUUCCGCGCGGGUUUCCCGCUGAAUCUGCUGGAAACACGCAGGACGUUUUCCUUGUUGGGAUCGGCGGUGAAGCGCGAGGACCUGAAGGGUUUCUGUCAUCUUCUGAAACCAGGCGGACGGUUGGGAUUCAAACGGCAAAAACUCCUUUGAGGACCUGAAGAAACCCGGAGAGGCCGGAAGAGACGAGACCCGGAAGAGAGGAGGCGGAAAAAGCAGGAAGAUGGGGAGGAAAAAGAUUCAGAUAGCUCGGAUAAUGGACGAACGGAACAGACAUGUGACGUUCACCAAGCGCAAGUUUGGUCUGAUGAAGAAGGCGUACGAGCUGAGCGUGCUGUGCGACUGCGAGAUCGCCCUCAUCAUCUUCAACAGCACCAACAAGCUGUUCCAGUACGCCAGCACCGACAUGGACAAGGUUCUGCUCAAGUACACCGAGUACAACGAGCCGCACGAGAGCCGGACCAACUCCGACAUCGUGGACACGCUGCGUAAGAAAGGCUUAAACGGCUGCGACAGUCCCGACAUCGAGGCCGACGACUCUGCAGGCCAGAGCCCGGAGUCGGACGAGAAAUACCGCAAGAUUAACGAAGACAUCGACCUGAUGAUCAACCGCCAGAGGAUCUGCCAGGGGCUGCCUCCCUCCAGCUACGACAUGGGGGUGUCCAUCCCAGGGAGCAACCUGCUGUACCCCCACCAGAGCAUAGGGGGCGCUCUGAGCAACCACAGCCUGCUGCCCAUGUCCCAGUCGUCCCUGCAGAGGAGCAGCAUGUCGCCUCAGCGCCCGUCCAGCGCCGGAAACGCAGGACUGAUGGCGUCCGAUCUGGCGAGCCCCGGCGUCUCCAGCGUCGGAAAUGGCGGCUUCGGCUCGCACUGCUCCUCCCCCGGCCUCAUGUCUCCGGGGGGCGUGUCCAAAAACAUGCAGGACAAGAGUCCGACUCAGAUGAGCCGCAAGCCCGACCUGCGGACGCUGAUGCCGCCCUCCAAGUGCUCCAACAUGCCGACUGUGUGCGAGGACUUUGACCUGAUGCUGAACCAGAGAAUAAAUCACUCCCAGACGGCUCAGACGCUCUGUACGCCCGCCGCCUCCCUCGCCGCUCAGGCGCUCCCCGCUCAGGCGAUGGGCGGGUACCCGUCAGCGCUCUCCUCCUCCUACAGCACAGACUUCUCCCUCAGCAGCGACCUGACCUCCUUGUCUGGGUUUGGCGGUUCUGGUCUGGGCUCGGUGGCGAGCUGGCAGCAGCAGCUCCAGAACCCGCUGCACUCGGCGCUCGGACACAUGGGGAACCUGUGCCAGAACUCCAACCUGAACCUCCCCUCGGCCCACCAGAACCUCCACAUCAAGUGUGAGCCCGCCUCUCCUCCCCGCUCCAUCGGCAUGGUCGGCGCAGGUCUGGGGGGCGGCGUGACCGGCUACUCGGUGGCGGGCACGAGACCCCACGACGCCGGCCGCUCCCCCGCCGACAGCGCGUCCAGCUGCGGCAGCUCGUACGAAGGCAGCGAGGAGCGCGACGGCGGCGACGGCUUCCUGCUGCAGCCACUCAGCAGCCAGGAGGAGCACCACAGCCCGUCCGUCAAACGGAUGAGGCUAACGGAGGGCUGGGCCACAUGAUGGGGGCGGGGCUCCGUCGGGGCGGUAGACAAGUUACCCGAUAGUGUUAUCAUUAUGGUAUUCUUCUGAGUGCGCGUGCUUUAUUUGUAACGGGGACAUGAACACGAACAGCUGUCUGUACAGAAGAGUUCCACUGAUGAGUCACCGCAGCUGUCACCACAGGGGGCGGGGCCAAUGAACCGCCCUCUAUGGGUGGACCCUAAGGAGGCUGGUCGUCCAAUCAGAUGAUCGGUGAUGAAGAUGUGUAGCAACAAAUGUCCUCAGCGGCCGGCGGGUUCGGUGGUACCGAACGCCGUUUACGCAGGUUCCCUCGUUUGUUCUAAAAAUAACUCAAUCAGCACGUAGUGUAAACACCUUUUGUUUUUUUACAAUAACUCUCAGUUCCCAGAGAAAGAAACUCCGAUCAUUUUACGAUCAAUACUCAAAGUGGAAUCAGACUAGAAAUCAAAGACGUUCGUGGAUCUAUCGUCAUCGGAAUGGAGCAGAGCAGCUAGCCCAGCGUAUCUUUAGCAUCUUCCUCAAACAAAAACACUUCACAACAGUUUGAAUAAAGAAAUAUCGAGAAAUAUUAUUUUAAUCUUAAUUCAGAAACUCAAAGGUUCAGGAUAUUUGUACGUUUUACGCAUUUUUAAGUUUUACGCAAUUUUUGCGAUUUUUUUUCCGACACGUUUAGGCAACGGAAAUGUUUCAACUUCUUUGAAAUCUAAUAAUGGUAUCAAAACGUUCAGGAGAUCCAAGCUAGUCCUUUUGCAAUUCAUACUUUUUACUCAUUUAAAAUUGUACGGAACAGUUUGCGUUUUUUAUGUUAUUCAAGAAAAUUUUAAAUUUUUUGUGCACUUUCCACAAAUUCUGCAAGUUUGGUAUCAAACAUUCAGCACGUUCACGACAUUCUCGUCGGUACUUUCGACAUUUUUACCAAAACUAGAAUUUUUCGCAUGUUUUGCGAUUUUUCAAGAAAUUCUUUAAAUUUUGUGAGUUUGGUAUCAAACCGUUCAUCACAUUCAGGACAUUCGAGUCUUUACUUUUCGUAUUCGUAUCUCUUACAAAAACUAAAAUUUUUCGCAAUUAUUCCAAUUUUUCAAGAAAAUCUUCAAAUUCUUUGUGCACUUUCUUCAAAUGAUACGAGUUUAAAACGCUCAGCACGUUCAGGACGUACUUUUGGUAUUUGUACCUUUUACGUACUUUAAGAUUUUCUGCAAUUUUUGCGAUUUUUCUAAGAAAUUCCUCAAAUUAUUUGAGUAUGGUAUCAAAACGUUCUGCACGUUCAGGACGUUUUUCAACAAUCAAAAUAGAUGAUCUCAGCAUCUUCAGCAGAGACCACAUUCAGUAAAAAAGCAUUAUCAUUAUCGUAGAUAAGACACUUUUAGUGUGUAGUGUAGUGUUUUAUUUCAUUUUCAAAGCACACAAAAGGAGUUCUCAGAAAUCUUUUUUUUUUUUUUGAGAAAUGAAAAUGAAAAGGGACAGAAAGAAGAAAACUUAUUGUCUCUGCCCCAUUUAACCAAGUCAGUAAAUAAUUUCAGUCAACAACAAAAUUAGGCAACAGAAUAGACAACUUUUCUAGUUUUCUUGACAUUUGUCAUCAGAAAAAUGCUACAAGAUCAUGUUAAAAACAUCAUAUUUACUGCUAUCAGUCACAACAUGAAGAAAAAGACAAAUCUAAACAUUAGUUAAAACCGUUAGACACCUUAGAUAGAAGAAAGAAUCAAAAUAUAAAGUAGAGGAAUCGCUACAGUGUGAGGAGGGACCACAGAUUAGAAGACGGACGGAUAGAAACAGAAAUGAUUUAUGUAGAAGCUGAGCUUGGAGUUAAGCUCCUCCCACACGCUGAUACGUGGGUGUGUCAGGCGUACUGAUGCGUUCAGGGCCGGCGUGGUCAAAGUGGAACGUUCUCUGACACUUUUCCACAGAUUUUUCUUUUCUUUUAUAAUUGUUGAGUUAAACUCAGAGAAAACUCAAAUCAGUUUCUUUGUUUUUCUGAGAAUUUUCUCUUUAUUUUGGGGCGACGUUCAAACGCUGAAUUCGAAUUCGAAUUUAAAGCGUUUUUGAAUCUUCAAACCAGAAGUCGGAGCGAGUCUUCGACAUUUCCACACUUUUUUUCACUUAUUUAAACUCUAAAGUUCAAACCUUAUUAAGUCCAGGAUGAAGACAGAUCAUCUGAUCCUGAGAUUUGAUCAGCUGAACGUUUCCUGUCCAUGGAGGAAGUUGAUGGAUGAGUUCUGCAGCCAAUCAGGAUGCGAGGGAACACUGCGUUCUGUUGCCACGUCGUCUUUUACCUCCUGAACUGAAGGUCAAAGGUCGUCAGUGACUCCUCAGUGAAACUGAAGUUUUUUCUCGAACACUUCCUGGCGAGGAUGUCGCGCUCGUCCGUGUGCAUGUCCCGUUUGUUUUAUGUGUGUUUGUGUUUUACGGGGGGGUCAUAAGUUAAUAACACGUAUGUACAUGUGCUCACGUAUGCACACUAACCGAUGAAGAAGUCUGGUACUCGGAGGAUCCCUGCGGGGCGGGAUCCGCGGGCGCUCGGCGCGUUGCGGGUUCAACACGGAAUGUACGGAAGGCAAAAGCGGUAGACGAGGGCGGGAGGAUGUGCUGGUGGGAGGGAGGGGGCGGGUCGGGGACAGAUUCUUCCCCAUCCGCCCUGAAGGCGGCGCUGCUGAGUUAAAGGUGGAGAAGGAUGCAACCGGUUGCAUGAAGAAGAAAUCUUCACUUGAUGUGAAGAACUUUUAGAAAGAUUUUGUUUUUAAUAAACAGUGAAGACAAUCCUACAUGAAAACAGAAAAUAAAAAAGAACCACGAAAACAGUUUGGUGACGGUUUCUGACGUUUGUGUGAAUAAACAUCCAGAGGCUCAAACGGAGCCGGACGGCGUUUGUUCAGAGUCGAUCUGCAGACAGAACGGGAACAUCUGUUUAACUGGAGAAAAACCUUCAAAUUGUAUAAAAAUCUCAAAUGUUUUUUUAUUCAUUUUUCUGAGCUGCCACUUUCCCCAAAUACAUCAAAUCUUGUAAGAAUUGAUUUAUGAUCAGUUUUCAUUUAAUAUGUAUUUAAACUCCAAAACAAAUCUUAAUAGCCAAAUAAAUGUGAUGAAAUUGUAAAUUAAUACCAUCUUUCAUUCAAAAAUGACAUUAAAAUUAAAUGAACUUAUUCUACUAAUUAAAAUGUCUCAGUUUGAAUGGAUGUUCAAACUGCAGUAACACCGUUUGGACUCCAGAGGGCGCUUCCUGUCUCAGAACUUCUGUUUUAGUUUGAAAAAUUCACGUUUCCUUUUUCAUCGUUUGGUACUAAAAAGUUCAUUUUAGUUUAUCAUCCAUAAACAGGAAGUGGCUUCCUGACCCAGAGUCCAGGAUUCAGAUUCAGAACCAGAACUAACAGACGGGCUUGAGGCUCCUCCUCCCGUCGCCGCGUCAGAAUGAUGUUUGGGAUUUCUGUUUUCCUGGAGGAAACACGAACUCGACGCUUCAGCUUAAAGACGUUUGUUUUGAUGAUUUCUUAUUUUUUUUUCAAUAAUUAUGUACGAGACUAAACUUUUUGCCCCCAAAACUCCCCGAUUACAAACCAGUAAAUGUUUGUACGUUUGUCUCCAAACUUUUGACAAUAUUUUAUUAAUAAUUGAUCGUUAGAUGUGACGAAGCAUCGAAUGUUUCCUCGUUAUAAACAGUUUUUAAGGGAAAGUUCAUCAGAAAAGCUCAAACAGGAAGUCAUGCCGGCGAGUUAUUAACCCUUCGAACCCCAAAGAUGUUUAAACCUGCUAGUGAACGAACUCGGACAGGAAACUCUCAGCUGUGAAGCAAACGAUCCGUUGUGUUCAGACCGCUAAGCUAGCUGUUAGCUCAUUUCUUUAUCCAGCGACCUGAAGAGAUCCGUAUCUGGAUUCUUCAGAGAACGGGUUCACACCAACCUCUCAUUUCACUUUCUCUGUUUUUAAGAGUCGUUCAGACCGUCGGGAUGCUUCGCUAACGUGAUCUUUUAGAGGAUUUCUUUACAGGAUCCCUAAACAGGAACUGGUUUGAUAACAGCAGAUCUGGAUCUGAGUCUGGAUCAGAAUCUGGAUCUUUGUCUGAAUCGGAAUCUAGAUCUCAGUCUGGAUCAGAAUCUGGAUCUGAGUUCGGAUCUGGACCAGGAUCUGGAUCUGAGUCUGAAUCGAAAUUCAGAUCUAGAUCUGAGUCUGGAUUGGAAUCUGGAUCCAAGACUCGAUCUUUAUACGAGUCUGACUUCAAAUCUGGAGCUGGAUUUGAAUCUGAGUCUGGAUCUGAAACUGGAUCUGAGUUUGGAUCUGAAACUGCAUCCAAGUCUAGGUUUUGAUCUGAGUCUGAAUCAGGAUCUGGAUUUUCAGUCUGAGUCUGAAUUGGAAUCUAGAUCCGAGUCUGGAUCUGAAACUGGAUCUGAGUUUGGAUCCGAAACUGCAUCCAAGUCUAGGUUUUGAUCUGAGUCUGAAUCAGGAUCUGGAUUUUCAGUCUGAGUCUGAAUUGGAAUCUAGAUCUGAGUCUGGAUCCAAAACUGGGUCUGGGUUUGAAUCUAGAUCCCAGUCUAGAUCUUGAUCUGAGUCUGAAUCUGGAUCCGAGUCUUAAUCGGAAACUGAAUCUCAGUCUGAAUUGGACUCCAGAUCUGAAUCUGGAUCGGAAUCUGGAUCGAGGUUUGGAUCUGGAUCUAAGUCUAGAUCUUGAUCAGAAUCAGAAUCUGGACCUGAAGCCGCGUUUUUGGGUUAACUGUUCAACAACAGAAUUUAAUUUGUUUAAAAAAAUGCAAAAAGUUUUUUUGUUUGUUUUUUUACAGAAAGUUAAAGCAAAUAAAAAUUCUACAUCUGUAGAUGUCAAUGUAUAAUUAUAAUUCUAACGUAAAAAAAAAGUUUAUUUUGCACAAGUUUUAAUUAGCUUUUAAUUUAAGAAUAAUUAUUUGGACUUUUUAAGCUAGCUUGUUAGCUCACUUCCUUUUUUUAAUAUUCUUGCAGUAUUUCCAAAAUACAAACGUAAAUUAUUCAGUCAAUAAAUUUGGUCAAAUCAAAGUUUUCAUCCUCAGAUUUUUCAAGCUAGCGGUUUGUUAGCGUCUGUUAAAUGAUCCUCUGUGACCCGGGAACCUGAAUAAAUCAGUCGUUCCUGUUGGAGGGAGUUUGGUGAAACGUCAGCAGAAUCUGAACAGACGACCGUCACGUUUCUCUCUUCUGGAUCGUCGUCGGGACGGCAGCGGCUGAGGGGUUCUCACAUUUGAAUAUUUUGGUUUGUGACUGUAUAUUUGGAACCGAAGCCCUCAGCCGCCCCCCCGCCGCUGAAACGUCGGCGUUCUGCACCUCACGAGCUCAAACGAAACGCUUCGGCUUCAUUUCCCUCUCGGGGAGAUGCGACUGAAUGUCCUUUGAGCUGUAAAUGUCCUCUUGGCCUCCAAAACUGUAGACGCUGGAGGUCGUUAGCGGCAUAAGCUGGCCUUUUGUCGCCACCUGGAGGCGGCAUGCGAAAGUGCACCGCUGUUGUUGCAAAGCCCUCACUCUGACAUGUGGUAGUAUGUGGAUUCUACAGAAGAAUAAAGUAUACAGGCUCUGUUCA